AUGGGAGCUGAUGAUGCGUGGGCAUUACAAAUAAUCCUGAAGGCGGAGAAACUGUUGAAAAGUGUGAAAGUGCUUCCAAUCACAACAGUAUUUGGAACCACAUCCACUAUCCGGAUUUACAAAGGAGCAACUGAAGGUUUCAUUCCUGUUGAUCCGAAAAUGGGCCAAUUUUAUGGACGAAAUGGUUUCAGCGAUAUUCAUUUUUGGCAGCUACACUAUCCAAACAAUGCCAAUGAAGUGAUUCAACAGAAAAAUGUAGUUGAAAUUAUACGUGAAAUGGUGAUGGCUGAAUGGCGAUUCAAUGUUAUGGGAAAUGUUGACUGUGUCAAUGUUCGAUUGUUGAACGAAGUUGAACGUAUUGCAUACAGCAAUAAUAGGUUCUAUACUCCGUAUGAUGCUUUUUCAGCUGCGGCAUUCAUAUUUCUUGAUACGUGUAUUCAAUAUCAGCGCACAUACAAUGCUACACUUGAAUUGCAAGGACAACGUACACGGGGCCAAAUGGUGUUCGAUCGUGGGAACAACAAUCAUAAUGUGAAUAUUAUUGCGACGGUAAACGAAGAUGAAAUCAAGAAGAUUUUACAAUGGACUGCUUCAUCAUAG